GCGUUCACGAGGCGGAGGAGCAGAGCAGAGCAGUGCACGCGCAUCGGGCAGAAGCCGGAAACAUGGCGGCGCUCAUGUCACUGACUCAGAUAUCAAAUGGAAACCCAGCGUAUGAAACCUUCUACAGACAGGUGGACCCAGGAAACAUGGGCAAAGUUGGUGCAGCUGAAGCAGCGCAGUUUUUGAAGAGGUCAGGACUUCCAGACGUUACUCUGGGCAAGAUCUGGGAUUUGUCAGAUCCAGAGGGAAAGGGCUACUUGGACAAGCGGGGUUUCUUUAUUGCACUAAGGCUUGUCGCUUCAGCCCAGAGUGGCAACGAUGUCAGUCUGUCCAGCCUGAACCAGACCAUGUCAAUACCGCCUCCCAAAUUUAGAGACACAGGCAGUCCUUCUCUAAUCUCAGCAUCUUCCAGUGACUCCACAUGGACGCUGAAGUUUGAUGAAAAAGCUAAGUAUGACAGCAUAUUUGAGAGUCUCUUGCCCAUCAAUGGGCUUCUGUCAGGAGAUAAAGUGAAGCCAGUCCUCAUCAAUUCGAACCUGCCCCUUGAUGUGCUUGGGAAGAUUUGGGAUCUCAGUGAUAUUGAUAAGGAUGGACAUUUGGAUAAAGAAGAGUUUGCAGUGGCUAUGCAUUUGGUAUACCGAGCCCGAGAGAAAGAACCCGUUCCUUCCAUUCUACCAGCAUCCUUGAUCCCGCCAUCCAAGCGGAAGAAGAGUGCAGUUGCUCUGGCUGGCUCUGUGCCGGUACUACCCUCCAGUCCUUUCCUCCUGAAGGAAAACCUUCGACCCACAGUACCUCUCGCCAAGAGCCCUCUGACCAUCGCUUCCAAUCUCUCACCAUCAAACUCCUUUAGGAGCGCCAGCCCAAGUCCUAGUCCCAGCCCAGCACCACAGCUGCCUGUUUCGACGAACUGGGUGGUGCCUCAGGAUGACAGGGAGCAGUAUGAGGAAAUCUUCGAUCUGGCCGACUCUGAUUUCAGCGGCCUAGUUGGAGGAGGUGAAGUUAAGGAUAUCUUUAUGAACUCGGGGCUGCCUCAGAGUGUCCUGGCCCACAUCUGGUCACUGGCAGAUACCAAAGGUGUUGGCAAAAUGACCAAAGAGCAGUUCUGUCUGGCUAUGUACCUUAUUCAGCAGGCGGUCAAAGGUGUUGACCCCCCUCAGAGCCUGACCCCUGAUAUGAUUCCUCCUUCAGAAAGGAGCUCUGCUGCCUCUACCGCAAUCUCAUCAGAAAUUUCAUCGGUCAGUUUUGAAAUGCCUGGACUCUCCAGCAUUUCUAGAGAGAUUAGUAGUUCAGUGGUGCCGCCGGUGGAGUUGACGGGAAACAAAGAGCUUGAUGACAUUAGCCAAGAAAUCGCACAGCUUCAGAGCGAGAAACGCAGCAUGGAGCAGGAGAUCAGACAGAAGGAAGAGUCCCUUCGUCAGAAGAACAGCAAAGUUCAUAGCAUGCAAGUGGACCUGGAGCAAGAGAACAGCAGUGCGAAAGAACUGGAGCGACAGACGCUGAGCGCUCAGAACAGACUGCAAGAGAUGGAGCAGCAGAGGAGCAAACUGGAGAGCAAAGUGACUGAGGCCAAGAGCAAGGUCCAGGAGGAGAACAGCAAGAUCUCCUCUUUGCAGGGGCAGAUCAUAUCUCAGGAAACGGCUCAGCAAACGCAGGAGAAGGAGCUGAACAGAGCCAAGACGGACUUGUACUGCCUGGAACAGGAGGAGAAGCAGCUGGAGGAGAACCUGCGUGCAGGAAAAGCCAAGUUAGAGAGCAUCCUCAAACUGCUCAAAACCUCUCAGAAUGAGAUGGAUGAGGUACGUGAAGAGAUCUCACAGAUACAGGAGAGGCAGAAGGAGCUGAAUAAGACCAUCGAGUGCUUCGACAAAGUUCUCAACAGCAACAUAAGGAGUGUGGCUGAAAUCGACCAGCUCCUUGCUGAGGAGGGUUCAGGACUCAGUAACACUGUGCAGGACUCCUCCUUCAAGUCGAGGCUGGCCAUGUUUAAUAACAACGCUGCUCAGAACUUCAGCGUGGAUCCCUUUCAGACUGAGGACCCCUUCAAAAAUGACCCCUUCAAUAAAGCCGACCCGUUCGGAGGAGAUCCCUUCAAACAGAGCGACCCUUUCAAAGACUCCUUCAGCAGCUCGGAUCGCUUGGUUAAAAGUCCCACCAGCCUGUUAAAUGCCAGCCCUUUUGGAAGGCAGGCGAAUCUUACAUCCACCAGUUCUUCCAAGUUUAAAGACUCAGAUCCCUUUGCUUCAACGGACCCUUUCGACUCUUUUGGCGGAAACAGUGGCUUUGCAGACUUUGGAAAUAUGUCAAAGGGCUCCAGUGGGAAACCUGCAGGCCGAAAACCCACCUACCCACUGCCUCCACCCAAAAAACCUGCACCAGCCAGACCAGCACCACCUCCUUAUGGCACAGGUUCAGCAGGAAAUCGUACGGGAGUUGCCGCUCAUAGACAAACGCUCGGUGUGCCCCACUUUCCGAAGCCGUAUGAGGGAGCUCUGUCUUCGUCGCAGCCCAGUAGAUCCACCUUAACAGACUCUCUUGCUCUUACAGACCUUAGAGCCUUCGGAAAUGAAGUCGAACAGCUGGAGUGGGCCAAGCGAGAGAGUAAGAAGGAGGAGGAGCGUCUGAGGAGGCUCCGCCUCCAGGAGCAGCAGGAUCUGGAGCUGGCUCUUGCUCUCAGCCGGGUCGACAUGUCCAGAACGUGAGGCCAGUCCACAUUGCCUUGUCCAGAGCCCACCACUGCACCGUAGCCAUCCUAAAUCCCGCUUCCUUCGAGGGUAAAAACAACAGAACACAGGGUCCAUUGAAAUUCUCACUGUCGAACGUUCCCCUGAGUAUUGAGGCUCGCAUAACUCGGUUUUCUUCUCUGCUGCUAAAAUUGCACCCGAUCCUACACUGCCUUACACACGGGCAAACCAAAUCUCUCAUGGGUGCUUCCCAGGUUCGAAUUAAAAUGCCUCGAAACAAAACUGUACUGAACAAAUGACCAGGGGUUAUAUGAGCUAAACAUGGAUAACUAUUUAUCAUUGAAACAGCCUUCGGACAGUUUAUUUUAUUUGUACUGCCUCUGGGCACUGAUCUCUACUAAAUACAUCACUGGUGGUAGAGAAAGUGUCACGAUUAGUGGCCUUGAUUUAAAAAAAAAAAAAAAAAAACUCCUUCUACUCUGUUUGCUUUGGCGCUGAAAUGGCUUCUUUAGUAAGAAGCGUAUAAAUGCACUGUAUUUAUUGUUUGUUGUUUUUUCUAAUGUACGAGCCGUUUAUAAACACAUGGAUCAGUACCUUCAUUACUAGGUGCCUGUUUAGACCAAAUGCUAUCCAAAGAAUGUUACAUACCAGCUUAACCAUAUGAACGACAAAUGCAAAUGAUUUUGACGACACUGUUAGUAAUUAUUGUAACAAAACGAUGUUCUUCAUUCAAAGCUUUCUGAAAGGUCACAGUCUGUCGAAGCAUGAUGAAAUGUCGAAUGAAUGAAUUGAAGUUUUAUUUAAAAAUGUAGCAUUUUUCAUAUAAAUCCCAAAAAAAAAAACCAAGAACUCGUUAAAAUAUAAAGCAGUGAUUCUAACUGUACGUUCACACAAGUCACUGGUGUCGCUUGGAGUUUGUUUCGGCUGGGCGGACGAUAAUCACAAUGUCGCUUGUAGGCGUGCAGCGUCCAGAUUUUUUUUUUUUUCCUUUUACCUCGAUGAGAAAUGGGAGUGGCCAGAAUUGUGUAGCUGGCAGCCCACUAUAUAAAUUAUAUACACUUUUUUUUUUUGGGGGGGGGUGUAUUCAAGUUUGAUUUACAUGUUACAUGCUAGGAUUUGUACAAGCUUAGCAACAGAUUAUCAAAACAUGCUGACUGUAUUAGCUACAUGCGCUCAUCAGAUGCACCGACAAUCUCUGCUACUUCCUUCCAGGCUGCGUUUUUCUUCAGAAUGUCUCUAGACAUUUAUGAGAAGCUGUACAUACUGUAUGAACCAUGGUCACUUAUAGCAGUUAAAGUUGUGAACGGGGAGCUAAAGAUACAUCUCGCGCCUCAUUUGAUUGUUGAGAAAUUAUUCCAGCCAGUCAUCUGGACUUGGAGCUUUACCAUGUCAUACACACCUAAUUUGCACAGAAUUAAAAAGGGAAAAAAAUGCAUUUGUUCAUUUGAGAUGUCGCUGAAAUCACGUACACGGCAGUUCCAUGGGAAAUUAAUGCUCGCCUGUGGCUUGUGUGCAUCAAUGUAGGGUUAAUCUCAAAUCAUGGGCACAUUAUGCAAUGCGCGUUUGUGUUUUCCUGCACAAACACAGCUCAGAUAAGAACUGUGGUAGAUAUGCGACCAGAGUGUUUAAGAUCAUGUUGCUAGAGUGGUUUGAAAACUCAUUCAUUAUUAUUAAAACUUAUUCAGUGAUUAAAUGACUUAUUUAUUACACAGGCAAGCUUCAGACCAAGUAUCGGCACAAACUUUGAAUCUAACUCCAAGUGAUGGUUUUGUUUAGUUUUAAGAAUAUGAGAUUGCAUUUUUGGCCUUUACAAAAAUCACCCAGAAGUUUUGGGUUUUUUUUUUUUUUUUACCUCCUGUUUGGUUUAGGAAGAGCCGCUUUGUGCUGGUGGUGAAAUACAGUGCGAUUAUGACAUUAGUUUGAAGCAAUGUAGGAAAAAUUGCGGUGAACCUGAAUUCAUGAUGAUUUGUUUAGCGGUUUUUAGUUUUCAUAUGGCCUUAUACUGUAUAUGGUGUUAUUUCUUUGUGUUCUAAUAUAUUUAUUGUGCUUGUCAAACACUACUCAUAUCAAUCAACGUGUGAGAAAUAUUUAUAUUUUGUUAAGUAGACCUGAUCACGUGUGUGAUUUUUGUUCUGCUUAUAUGGAUUUACCAAAUGAUGGAAAUGGAUUUUAUUUGCUUAACUUUGUCAUUAAACUCAUAUAACAUUCGAAA